GCGCAACGAUAGACCACAGUCUCCUGCACCCAUGGGAGAUAACACAGGCAGUGAUCCACUGACACUUGCGGUACCGGCCACUCUACUCGAGCACAGUGUGGCUCGCUCGGACUCCCAGGCCUUCUUUUUAGCGGCUACUCUGUUGGAAACUGUCGAAGAGCAUUUUCAGGAAGCGCCGCUCAAACUACAGCUCUGUUCUCUCUUGCCGCCGACGACAGCCGCGGAUGCUAUCCGGUCCCCUCUGGAGGGGCAUACCUUCUGGUGUAACUUGAGUUGCACACCCUUCCCCACACCCUGGAGCCGGAUGGACAUACCAGAGCUUGCUGAGCUGCCGCCCAAUGACAGUAUGUGCCUUGGCUCGCUUCCCACAGGCAUCUGCCCAGCACAUGUCUUCGACCUUAUGCAACCAGGGGUUGGCAUUGUGUCCCUGGGGGAGACCCUGUGUAGCCUGUCGCAGGCUGAUGUAGCCUUUCUCCGACAACUUCAGUUCGGUGAUGCGGACUUUGUCGGGGACGUCAUGGCAUGGGCUUGUCUUUUCGUUUGUCCGAUCUCCGGUGCGGCUGGUGUUCUAUCGGGUCCUGUUCCGUCUGAACUCGGCACCCACGGUGAGGUCUCGGUAGCUUGUGCCGCGCCAUCUCAAAACAUCCGCCUCAACUUUCUUAUGCCGCUGGGCCAUGCACCAUGGAGCACCGGCAUAGCACCAACCUGGCUUGAAAACGAUUGUGCCCUACUGGGUUGGUGCGGCGUGGUAUUGCAAAGCUUGCGAGGCCGUGUUGACCUCCCGCCUGGCAUCGGCGGCGGUGCACGGGUGUGCACCGAUGAUGGAGGGUUAAGUCAUUACCAGCUCGUGGCACCCUUUCUCCCAGCGCCGCCACAGGAUGCCAGCAGUAGCCCAGCGGAUGUUUGGGGUCGCAUGUCUGUGCGCAUGUGCUCCUACAAUGUUUUGUCGCUGAAUAGUCUUGCGGUCGAGGGGCGUGCCUCUGAUGGGCUUGCAUUCCAGCCGGCGCGUCCCGCCCUGCUUGCAGAUAGUCUGCGGCAGGCCGGAGUCCACGUAGCCUUUCUGCAGGAGGCCCGUACCGAAGUUGGUACCUUGACCUCAGGUGGGUACCUUCGAUUUUCUUCCGGGGCGGAAGGCGGUACUCUAGGCACGGAAAUCUGGGUCCGCGAUGGCUUCCCUUGCCUCCAGCACCCUACCGACCCAGGGCAACAUGUGCGCUUUCGCCGGGAAGCCUUCUGUGUCCUGCGCAAAGACCCGAGGCGACUUUUCCUGCUUUUCAGCAGUGCAUCCGUCAGAUUGCUGCUGAUCUCUCUUCAUGCGCCCCAUCGAGCCAUGGUGGACAGCGUAAUUCGCGCGUGGUGGGUCGAGACACAACAGCUUGCGCUGCGCUUUGGCAAGGUCGCUGCAACCGUUGUUGGUGGCGACUGUAAUGCUGCGGUGGGCUCCUUGCCAUCCGGCGGCAUCGGCUCCCACGAUGCAGAGCGAACCGAUGAUGCGGGUACCUACCUAGGUAGCUUCCUUGAGGAAGCAGAUUUGUGGCUCCCCUGCACGUUUGGGGAAUGCCACCACGGCCCCUCAGGGACGUAUGUGCAGAAACGCAAUGGUUCGCUUACCCGCAUCGAUUACAUUGCGUGCCCAGCCUCCUGGAAGGAUGGUAGUGUGCGCACGUGGACUGACCCCUCUGUCCACGCGGGGCAGACCUAUAUCGAUCACAUCGCCACCCUUCUGCAAGCCGACCUGCACUUGAAAAUGCAAGGCAGAAGUGUUGCUCAGGCCUCCCGUGGUUUUAACGCCAAGGCUAUGUUGACGGAUGAGGGUCGGAGUACUGUGCAAAGUAUUCUGUCUAGCGCGCCACAGAUUCCUUGGUCUGUGACCCCGCACGCUCACGCGGCUACGCUUGUCGGGUACUUGCAGACGGCCCUAGCCGAUGCUUUUCCGAAGGAGAAGCGGCAGCGACACCGGCACUACUUGAGUGACGCCACCUGGGAACUGCACAGGGAAGUGAGUACCUUGAGGAGGUACUGUGCCCAGCUCAAGCGAUCCAUGCGCUUUCAUUUUGCUGCCUCUGUCUUCCAGUCCUGGCGCCAUGGGUGUGCCCAGCCCAUGUGCGAUAUGCUCUCCUCUGCGUGGACCAAAGAAGCCCGUGUUGCCGAGGCAGUCCAAGGGCAUAGGCUCGGCAUUGCGGCAAGGAAGCUCCGAUCGGCUUGCAAGCAUGAUCGUGCACAGCACCUAAGCCAGCUAGCGGACCGAGUCCAGAAAGAUGAUGCCGACGCCUCUGCUGCGGUCCACAGGCUCAUGGGUCUUAAGCGCAAAAAGCCCUUUCAGCCUGACGUCCUACCCGAGCUGCAGAAGGCCGAUGGCAUCUACUGUGAAUCGCCGCAAGCGAUCCAGGACAGAUGGAGAGAACACUUUAUGGCCCAGGAGGACGGAAUACCCGCCGCGCCUGAGGAGCUGGCGUCCUUCACUGCCGCCCAAGCCCUCGGGCCCAGUCCGGACUCGCUUGCUGACCUGCCAUCGCCCGAUGCUGUUCUUCAAGCGAUCCUGGGCACACAGAAGGGCAAGGCGGUCGGCCCGGAUGGGAUCCCAGGGGAGCUGGGCCACGCGGCCCCGCUGCUUCUGCGAGAUCUGCUGCUCCCACUUGUCUACAAGGUCGGUCUAACAGGUGUUGAACCAGUUGGGUUCAAGAGCGGCGUUCUCGCCAAGCUCUACAAGGGGAAGGGCCCUAAAGCGGUAUGUGGUAGCUUUCGGGCGAUCAUGCUUCUGCCCACGUUGGCCAAGAUUGUGCACAAAGCAUUUCGACCCAGCUUGUACCACAUAUUUGAAUCUAACGCCCUCCCCGCGCAACUGGGCGGGCGCAAACGCACAUCAGUUGUCCUAGGAUCCCAUUAUACGCGCGCCUUUGGUCGUUGGUGUCGGGACACGCACCAAUCUGCAGUCACUUUGUUUGCGGACGUAGCCUCUGCUUACUACUGCGCCGUGCGUGAGCUGACAGCACGGAAGCACGCGGAUUCCACUGUGUCGGAAGCGGCUCCCUGUCAAGGGGCCACGCCGCGCGAGGAUGUCGCGGAACAACUAGACCAGCCUACAGCCCUUGCGCGUACCCAGGCGAGCCCCUGGCUGGAAACUCUGACGGCAGAGUUUAAUGCGCACACGUGGAUGUACCUGGCGGGGGACGCACGCCCUGUGGUGACCCGCCAGGGGUCGCGCCCCGGAUCGAGUUGGGCCGACCUUUUCUACGGCGUGACGGUGCCUCGCAUCAUCUCGUGUCGCGACAGCCUCCGACCUCCCGGUGUGCAGACUCAAGCUGUGUGGGCUGUUAGUUGGGACGGCCUCUGCGAUCUGUCGGAGCCUAGUACUGUGCCAGACGACUGGACCAGCACCACCUCGCUUGAGGACGUGAUCUGGGCCGACGAUUUGGCCAAAUGUGUAGCAGUGCCGGACGUGGAAGUCGUGGGGCGUGUUGCCACACGCGAGGCUGGCUUAUUGACCGAAGCCUUCGCUGCACAUGGCUAUAGCCUGAGCUUCGGGCCAGCUAAGACGGCUGCCAUCAUUGCCGCUCGUGGGCCAGGUUCAAGGAAAGUACGUAAAGCCCUGUUUGGUGGUGCCGCAGCUCUUUCUGUGCUGCGCGAAGACAGCAGUCCGGCUAUGCUCCCUCUUGUGCCUACAUACCGCCACCUAGGCGUUCAGGUCUCUGCGGAUGGUGGUAUCAUGCCCGAAAUUCGGCAUCGGGUGGCACUUGCCUGGGCUGCCUUCCGGCAAGGCCGCACGCGUGUCUUCCGUAGCAAGAGGAUUGCCUUAGUGAAACGAGGGGCGCUGCUCGCGUCGCAUGUUCUCACAAAGCUUCUUUUUGCUACUGGUGCUUGGCCCGCUCUUGGAAAAGGCGAACAGGCGAUGUUUUCACAUGCCGUCCUUUCCCUUUACAGGCAGACACUCGUGAUCGGGCCUGAUGGGGACCAACACCUCACGCACGCUACGGUUUGUGCACUCCUCCAGCAGCCAGCCCCAGAGGUACGCCUACGGGUGGAACAGGCCCGGUAUCUGCUGCAGCUGUUUAACGCAGCACCCAUGCAAUUGUGGGCGCUGGUGAGACGGGAUCCUGCAUAUGUGCGGCACCUGCGUGCGACCAUCGGCUGGCUGUACGGGUGGAUCUGCAACACUGCUGAGCUGCCUGACCCACUAGUAGAUUGGGAGCCUUGGCGGCUGCUUUUAGAGAGGCGCCCCGGCUUGUUUAAGGCGUACGUCAAGCGCGCCCGAGGGUUGGAGCUUGCCCGCAUAACCGGCCUUGCGGCAUUCCAGGCCCUACGCUGUGCACUCUCUGCCUUUGCAGCAGGCGUCACGCCAAGCCCGGAGCCCCCAGCAGUCCGCUAUGAGGAGGGAUGCUUGCAGUGUCGCAUUGCGUUCCCGAGUAGGACGGCUUGGGCGUGUCAUGCAUCCAAGCUCCAUGGAUACCGAACCACCGCCACCCUACUGGCGUCUGAGGUGACCAAGCCUGCGUGUGCCGCGUGCGGCAAGGUUUUCGCUAAUAAGGGACGCCUUCAGCGCCACCUGCUGAGUUCGGGCAAGUGUCGGAUCACGUGGGGAGGCUUUGCCCAGGCGGCGGAUGAUGGCCUUGGCGAGGCGCCCCAUAGCCAGGCCCCGCCCCUCCAGCUUGCUGGUCAGACGGAUGGUAGGGCGUUCCCGUAUGAUCCCGCCGAUGUGCAUCUGGGUUUGCUUAGGGAGUUACAGGUAGCUGACUGCGAUGCCCCUGACAGCCUUUGGGACACGGUGAGUGGAUACAUUGCACCGUUGGCUGUGCUUCGUCGCACGGUCGCUACUUGGGGGGCGCAGCCCGGCGCUGGGCAGCAUGCCAACACGGUUACUGCCGCUUCGGAAGACUUGCAGCUGUUGCUUGACGUCGACCUUUGGUGUGAGGACUUUCGCGCUCCGAAGCAGCCCCGCACACCACUCGAUUGCUGCCCGCCUCUGGCCGCCCUGGAUGAUCUGGGCUUCUGUUUUCAUCCAGCAGGUGCGCUGCAGGUUUAUACCGUGGAUGCGCCUCCCUGUAGGGACUUCUGCUACCCAUUCUGCAACAGCGUCCCUUUAGCCACUGCACGACGUGCAGUCGCAUGGUUGGAAGCUGCCUGCGACACGGUUGGGCUCGCCGUGCAGGCCACCCAGUUUGCCCCAGUCCUCAUCCGAUGGAUGCAUGGAUGGAUGGCCGUGGGUCUGUACGUGCAUGUUGACGUGAUCAUGCUUCGCUUCUUACUGCACCCAUUUGAUGCGCUCUGCUCGCAGUGCCCUGGCGCAGCAGAGAACGUGCGCCUCAGCUCAGGCUCUUUGUGGGUUUCUUUGCGGAAGCACCGGGUGGCACUGCCCUGGCGCUGGGUUCUCCGCUGUCCCUGCCUUGUUUACUUGAGCACCCUCCUCGCCGUCUUUGCCCUGAUCGGUAUUGGCGUCGUGAGUGCUCCCAUCAGUCUAAACACAAACUUCGAUUCUCUCAUGGAGUCUGACAGCGCUGCAUCGUUGAACUACGACGCAAUUCUGCAGGCGAUUCUUGAUGCUCGCAGAGAGCGUCAGGGCCGGCGUCUUUCACCAGGAGCCGCGCGGGGCCCGCGCCUCUGGAGCUCGGAGCGGAAUGCCUCAGAGCUGGGGCUCACCGAGGAGGACGGCGAACCCGUCCAACCUGGUCGAAGGUUGCAGUCGAGACUGAAACUGUACAAGCCAUAUCGCUUUGAGCUAACAUAUGUUCGGCGAGAUGAUGGCAACGUCUUGAGCGCCUCCACCCUCGACUACAUGAGGAGCAUCGAGAAGGAGGUGAGGUCCAUGGAGCCCUUCCGGAAGCUCUGCGAAACCGCGGAGCCGCGAUUUAAGCACCACUGCGAUCCCGGAAUCUCCAUGGUCAAUGUGAUGUACCCCUUCUCCGUGCCCGACGGAGUGGAUGCUAGAAUCUACUUCAACGGGACUGGCACGGCUUCGUUGCUGCCGGUGGCGGUGUCAUUGGCUCAACAGGAGCGAUUGACCGAAGCCGUCUGGCCUGAAGGUUUGGCGAACGACGAGGUGAAGCUUGUUGGAUCCAAGACUUGUGGCGACGGCGUUCCGGAUUGCGCCAAAUGGAAGGACGCAGGGCACUGCCUUCCAGGUGCUGCGCACGAGGUCUUCAUGCAGGAUUUCUGCAAGGCGACCUGCGGAAUCUGUGACGAGGUGCCUGAACAGGAGUCUACUGCGGAGGUUGCGGAAGGUCCUACAGAAAUCACCGCCCUCCGCUCCUACUUUGCUCUUCAAGCCUUCUGUUGCGAAGCAGGAGAGCCUGGUCAGGGACAAAUCGUCAGCGAGAUGGAUGCCGUCUGGAACACUUUUGUUGCAGAGCUGGUAGAGCUGCUGACGCAAAAGAACGCGAAUGGCGGCGCCGUGCGAGUCUUCUUCUCGGGUGACGGCAUCUCAUCCUAUGAGACUUUUGCUGCCGUGGGUGGCGAUGCCAUGUUCGCCAUCAUGUCCUACUGCUUCGUUUUGGUUUAUGCCACGCUCCACACACGGAGUCCCUUCUUGGCCCUGGUGGGACUCUCCUUGGUGAUGCUCUCCAUCCCAGCAUCUUUUGCUGUGUUUAUGUUGGCCAGUGGUAGUGGAGAGCUGAGCCUGAUGAUGUGCCUCUCCGUCUUCAUCGUCAUCGGGGUAGGCUCGGACAUGCUCUUCGUCUACACGGACUUCUACAAACAAUCCCUGCUCUUCACCCGCGACCCCGCCGAGCGCCUGAAGUUCACCUACCUCCAAGCGGCCUCCUCCACGGCCGCCACCACCUUCACCACGGCCAUGUCCUUCUUUGCCAACUUGGCUUCUGUGCUCCGUCCCUUGAGGGAGUUCGGCUUCUUCAUGGGCGUCUGUGUGACGCUGGCAUGGCUCAUGGUGCUGAUGGCAUACCCGGCGGUGCUCAUCAUGGGCGAGCGCUUGCAGAACUGCUGCAGGCGCUGCAUCCUCCAACAGCCGCAGGAUCAGGGCCACAGCAGGAAGUCCGUGGUGAAUGCUGCGAAGAGGAAGAGCUUGGUAAUGCUGGCGGAUGCCCUGGACCCGGAGAAGAAGGGCGUCGGUGCAGCUCACAGCUCCUGUUUGGGGGAUUACCUGGCCGUCAGCCUUGGCAAGUUCAAGUACCCCGUGGUUCUUCUCUUCACUGGGCUUACGGCUCUGCAAGCCUACAUGUCCUUGACGACUAUGGAGCAAGCCACUGGCAUCCCGCAAACCUUCCCGGACGAUCACAACCAGGAAGCACAGCAGAAGUACAACGGACUCUUCGCCACUUACGACUUCACAGCCUUCCCUUCUGGUGCCUAUGCCGCGUUCACCUUGAAGUGUUCGAGCCUGUUCCGCUUCUGCAGUCUGCACCAUUGUGAGACCCACGGCCGCCAUCUGGGGAGCCUUCAAAGCUGUGACUGUGUGACGCACCAAAGUGCUGCACCAUCGGCCACGGACGGUUGUGGCAGAUACCAGGUGCAAACCCGCGUGGUGGGCCGAAGCGGACUGGAACCAGAACAUCUCCAGCCUUCUGACUUGGAGCAGAUGAUGUACGAUCUCAUUCCAAAUGCGAGCUCUGUCACAGUCGCGGGAGCAGGCACGACGUCGUCGUUGCUAGAGACGCUGCACUGGGACAGCGGCGAUGUCGACCUACGAGUCAUGCUUCAGGUUCCGACCGCGACAGUGGAGAAAGGCAGCGGACGAAGCUGCUCCACCAAUCUGCUGUGCUACUGCGGCGUGCAGCCCUGCGAUGGCCCGCCCUCAGGAUCGCCGGACUCCGCUGCGACCCUGCACCUGGACCGCGUCGCCCAGGCCCUGGCCUCGCGCCGAUUGGCCACUUCCACCACAGCACCCGAGCCGCUGGUCCCCGUGGAGCUGCAGACGGACGUACUGGUGGUUUUCGGCCUCAAGGUCACGGGCACGAAUCCGCUGCUGGGAGUCUCGAAGGAAGAGCCGUAUGGCUUCUCUGAAGAGUUCAAGCUGGAGGAUCCCUGGGCACAGCGACGGAGCCUGGCCCUCUGCGAGAACUUCCCAGAG